CCGUCCUCCUCCUCCUCCUCCUCCUCCUCUUCCUCCUCCCGAGUCUCCUCUUCAUCUAUAUCCUCUUCCCCUCACACUUCCUGCUCAAAAAUGUUCUCCCUUUCCUUAUCCCUCACUUUCUCUACCCUCUCCUGCUCCCUCCUUCAUCAGAGAAUAUUCCUGUAUCUCCUCCUCCUGUUUGUACUACGUGUGAGCUCAGUGGCGGGCAUGACAGAGGUGGUGGUACACAAGGUAAAAGUCCCGACGCUGGCGCUGGCGGGGGAGAAGGCGAGGCUGGAGUGUCUGUGGGCGGCGGGAGACAGGGGGUUCUACUCUGUCCGCUGGUACAAGAACGGUGAACAGUUCUACAGCUACGUCCCCAAGAACUCCCCUCAGGUCAAAGUGGACCAUCAUCUACACGGCGUUAGUGUGGUGCUACCGGAGUCUAAUCAGUCAGUGGUAACGCUGAGAGAGCUGAGACUGGACUCUGAGGGCGAGUACGGCUGUGAGGUGAUGAACGAGUCCCCGACAUUUCAGACUUCACACGCCUAUAACAACCUGUCCGUCGUCGUGUUGCCAAAGACGCCGAUGAUCAUUGGCCUACAGGAGCAGUACACGGUGGGCGACAAGCUGAACGUCACUUGCAUCGUCAUGAACUCCCGGCCUCCCGCCCACCUAUCCUUCCGGCUCAACGGAGAACAUGUACCUGUUCCAAGAGACCACAUAAUGACGACGGAGGGCAGCUACCCCGGCGUUUACACCAGCGCAGCCCGCCUGGAGGUGCAGGUUACCCAACAACACCUGCCUUCCCUCACCGUCACCUGCACCUAUAAAGUCGUCACCCUCACCGAUCAAACUACCUUCACCGUCAAGGUCAACCAUAAACCAAUCAUCUCCUUCUUUAACACAGGAGUAACUGGAGACCCGCCGAGGAUACUGCUGAUCUUACUUCUGCUGGUGUCACUACUCACUCACCUACUAACCUCCUGUUGAUCACACCUGCUGAUUCACCACACCUGCUGAACAUCACCAUACCAACUGACCACCUCUCGCGUGAAAGAGGAGAAAGAAGAGGGAAGAAAGAAUGAAAGAAGAGGGAAGAAAGAAGAGAGAAGAAAGAGGAGAAAGAAGAGGGAAGAAAGAAUGAAAGAAGAGGGAAGAAAGAAUGAAAGAAGAGCAGCGUCCACCCAUCAAUCACAAUCACUUGAAGAUAAAAAUAUUGACUCAUGAAAUCUGAUCUCAAAUGGGGAGGGGGCGGA